AUGCACGGCUUGUUUUACGUUUUUGACGGAAAGGUUCACAUAUCUGGUCUAGCUAUUCAAUUCAACCUGGCCUCCCUCUCUCGCGCAUCUCGUGUUACACUUCGCGAAAUCCACAAUCAAUUGUCCAUGAUUCAUUGCGUCAUGUUUCACUUCAAUCUUUAUACUGAUCUUUCUCACGCUCCUGAACAGUACGCAAUAGAACAUCCAGGGUUCGACAACUACUCACUCAAUCAGAUCACGGGUCGGAGAUCAUUGCGGUUGCCACCUCGGCCCACCCUUGGCAAGAUGCCAGCUCAGACCAUUAUACGUAGUGAUGAAGUUCACCAAGAGCCACAAGCCGGUGCUAUUGCCUCCGAGCUCUCCAGCCUUUCAAGACGGGCACAGCAGGCUGUGCAAAACUUCCAUCAAAUUCUCGCCACACGGCAGCUCGUUCGACUGCCGAGGCCGAACACUGCUCCUGCUGCUGACUCUCUAUCUGGCCAGAUGGACGAUGAGCACGGUGAGUCAUCGGCCGCCCAACUCAUGCGACAGACGAGUCGUCUUCUGCAGGCCAAGAAUCAGAUGGAACGAGUAAGUCUGUUAUCUGGCCUCUACUCACUGGCUUAG